AUGGUUGUAGGUGGUAGUAACUGGAGCUUGUGGCUGCGAAUGUCACGAGUCCAGCUCAGACAGAUCACCAGGUCGCUUGACCGGACAUUAAUCGGGCUGAGCCAUGGGAGGUUUCCCCUUCGAUAUAACAAUAGUAUCUUUGCCACCUGGUGGAGAAGUCUGUUUGAUGCUUCUGUAGCCUUCAAAAGAGUAGGCAGCUUUGUUAUAUCUCCAUCCGCAAAGAGGGGAGUCACGAGAUUUGACCAUUUGAGACCCGCAGCUAACGUCAGCAGAUUUGCAGCUUUGUCCAGAGUGCCCAAAGGUGUCCCCAGGGGUUUAUUUACAAACUGGAAUAUGACGACGUCGACAAGGUUGUUAGGGCAAAGAGCUUACUCCACUUCUAGCAUCAGGUUUACUCAGGAAGCCGUAAAUAACAUGACUAUAUCCUUAAGGUGUUUCUUUAACUCAUUGAAUGGAUUAGAUCAGUGUUCCCACUCUAACUACUCCAAAACAUUCCAGCAUGCAUCUUAUGUCGAUUCGUGUCAGAACGAUGUUCAACCUGUUGCCUUCAAGAAGCUAUCUCAAAAAGAUAUAAAAUUCAUUCGCGAUUUGGAGUUAUUCAAAAUAAUGAAGACUCAGAAUCAAAUGAUUAAUGAAUCUAACCCAUGUUUUGUGGAAAAGCCAGGUUCUUACAUUGAGUUCACCGUUCCUGAGUUCAACGUCAAUGGGACAUUUUCUGUGCCUUUGUCAUUUCUAAAUUCUUCUCUCCUGGAAGAGUUGAAGGAAAACAUUUCAAGCUACAACAAUGAUUUAAAAUCAAUAUACGGCACCGUUGACAUGAUCCUGCAGAACUAUGGAUCAUUGCCGGUAACCUUUCAUCGGAAUAAGAUUCGAAUACACUUUCCAAACUCGACGGUGGCGGACACAGAGAGACUGAUUGCAAGCCUAAAUAUCACUACGGGUAUUGUUUACGCGGAUGCGUCCCUUGACAUCGCUUCAGAAGAUGCAAGAUUGAACACCUUGAUCAAUGAUGACAGAUCAACAAGUGCGUGGUCCCUCGUUAAUGAAGCGUCUCACCCAGAUAGAAGCGCUUUUUCACCUAUUUUAUCGGAAGUAUCUGAUGAUUGCUAUGAAUUUGUCUAG